CUUCUCUCUUAUUCCAGGCAGCCUUACGAUGGUAAGCACCGGCUUCAUUUAAUAUACCUUAUCUAGAUCACAUCCUGUUGUGUAACAAGUGCCUUACCCGAGGUUGUGUGAAACCAUCAACAUGUCGUCAAUCGACAUCAUAGCCGACACCAUCGGCUCACUCAGCCUCACAAGCAUAAGCCUCGGCCUCCUAGGCAUAUUCGUAAUGUGGUACACAGUCUCAGCCUUCUUCACAUGGUACCGACUACGACACAUCCCAGGCCCGUUCCUAGCCUCAUUCUCGCACAUCUGGAUCGCGAAGAGCAUUCUCCUCGGCACGCUGGAGCAGGACUUCAGCCAGCUGAGGAAAUACGGGCCGCUGGCGCGGACGGGGCCGAACUCGAUCGUCACGAACGACCCAGCUAUCCUGCGCAAGAUCGCGUCCGCGCGCACGAAGUACACCAAGAACGACUGGUUCGCCGCGGCUACCUUUGCGCCGGGACACAGGACGAUGAUUACGAUCCUGGAUAACUACAGCCAUGAUAAGCUGAAGGCGAAGACUGCGCAGGGGUACAAUGGUCGCGAGAACCCCGACUUGGAAGUCGCGGUUGAUUCUGUGAUCAUGCAUUUCGUCGAUGUGGUGCGCGCUAAGCAUCUAACGACGAAGGAGAAGAUACGCACUGUUGAUUUCGCUAGGAUGUCACGCUAUCUGACGCUAGAUAUUAUUACCAGGUUGGCGUACGGCAAGGCAUUUGGGUUCCUGGAUUCCGAGGAGGAUCUGUUUGGGUAUACCGGCCAGGUGGACCAGCUGCUCAAAGCGCAGAACUUGUCGCAGGAGAUUCCGAUCUUUAGGUAUAUCGUGUUCUCGCACUUUUUCUUCAGUCUGUUCGGUCCGAAGCCGAGUGAUGAGAAGGGCGUUGGGAAGAUCAUGGGGUAUACACAGAAGAUUAUUAAUGAAAGGUUCGAUGCUGGGAAGCAUACGAAGGACAUGAUGGGGUCAUUCAUUCGCCAUGGUAUGACCAAAAAAGAAUGCGCCGAGGAAGCGCUGCUUCAGAUACAAGCUGGAUCGGAUACGACGGCCGUGGCUAUUCGUACCACAUUGAUGUAUAUCAUGUCCACGCCUCGGGUCUAUAUUAAGAUGAAGGAAAUGAUCAAGCAAUGCGUAGACCGCAACGAAGUUUCAAAGCCUAUUACUUUUGAAGAGGCUCAGAGGCUUCCUUACCUACAGGCUGUUAUCUUUGAAGGCCUUCGCAUGCGCAUACCGGUAACAUACGGACAUUACAAGCAGACGCCUCCGGAAGGGGAUAUGAUCAAUGAUAUUUUUAUCCCCGGAAAUACCGCCCUAGGCCACAACUCAUUAGCUCUAACACGCACCGAAUCCAUCUUCGGCGAAGACGUCGACACGUUCCGACCAGAACGUUUCCUUGACUGCGACAAAGACACGAAGGCCGAGAGGGAAUUCGCUAUAGACAUGGUUUUCGGCGGCGGCCGAUGGAUGUGCGCCGGCAAGCCCAUCGCGUUUAUGGAGCUUAACAAAAUAUUUUUCGAGCUGCUGCGCGUUUUUGAUUUUCAACUUAUAUACCCGACGAAAGGCUGGUCCGAAACGUUUUAUUUUAUACCUUUUCAUAAGGAUAUGUGGGUGAGAAUCACGGAGGCCGAAACGUGACGGAGGGACGUUGGAUAUCUUAGGGAGAGUUAAAAUCGGUAGAAUAGGAUGUUUGGCCACAAUCAAAGCCGUAGACUUGGAAUCUUGGAUCAUCGCUGUCGGUACCGGUCAAGAUGACUCACUCAGUCGUCUGUAACCUCUCUAGGCUCUCCUUACCUACGCCCCUUAGCCCAUGCAUGAAUGAAGAAUUAAUCCUCUGAUCUUUCUGCGAUGGCUAUGAUUAAUUUAGAGGCACAUACCUGGGUGCACUCUCAGCCACCUUUCUCACGGUUCCCGUGAAG